AUGAGUUGGGCUUCGCGACCUUUCCGGCCUCCGCCGCACGUCCCACCUCCACGUGUGCCGAGCCAAGGUGGCCGCUCUUCUGCCUGCAGUUUCGGUGCGAAUGCCUCGUUUCCACCGGAGUGGGGUAUCCAGCAGCGACAGCACAAGCCACCUCCUCUGCAGUCUGAUAACCAGCGGCGGACGUGGACGAAGCGAUCCAGGCAGGACAGUCUUUCUGAUGACGGGGAGUGCGGCCGGCAUCCGUCCGCAUGCGACUUGCCAACGCCAAAACGCGGCCAGCUCCAGAGUGGGCCGCGACCUUCAAGGCAUUACGGAGGACAAAGGAGCUUUCCCGAGCCGCAAGGCGCUGGUCCUUCGGUGCGUGGGAGGGCCGGGGAUGCCGGCCCCUCUCGAUAUCCUUCUUGGUCUGGAAACAUUCAUCGAGCCCGACAGACCCACAUACGGGAGUCUGCGGGCCAUGUGCCAAGCGACUUCGCCGAGACGCGCCAGGGAGAUGGCUCGGCAUGCUGUCAGAUUCAGUGCGAAGUGCCCGGGCGACAGAGGAAUUCCCCAAGCCUCCUGAGGCCGCCCGUCGGUUCGCGCAAUGAACCUCCACCACAGUGUUUAGACGGCGCAAGGCAGAGACGUGUAGAGGCAACGAUGCGCUUUUCGGGCCGUAACCCACAACAGCCGGAGAGUCGAGCCAACAACCUCGGCGAUCCGCCGUCUUGCAAGGGGAUGGACGGCAGGAGUCGAUCAAGGUCUGAAUCCUCUGUCAAGGAACCUCAGGGGCAGCAUUUCCAACGGUCGAAAGACAAAGUGCUGACGCCUCUUCAAAUAUCCAAGCGCGACGCGGAUAUCCUGCACACGAAACGGUCCGAGGGUUAUCAAAGAUAUGUCCGAGCAGUUCCCCGGGAAAAGAGGUCGCCGUCGUGCCGGAGCACGUGGCACCCUGUGACGCCGUGUUCAUCCCAGAAUCUCAGUGUCAAGCAAUGGAGAGAUCUACUCAGCAAGUGGCGCCAUCAGGUGCACUUGUGGACCAACCUCCCCGAGAGUGUCUACUCCAGAAUCUCGGGAAUGUCGGUCGAGGAUCAAGUGAAGGCCCUCGGAAGCAUGACGGCCCGAGAACUGGACUCCAGAGACGAAAUUCACAAAGAUCCAGGGAAAGGCGAGGGUAACAGCACCGUCGAGGUCCGUGAGGCCACCGGCAGGUCAUCUGAAGAAAUUGCUUGCUGGUUGACGGCUCUAGAAUUGCCGGCCGGCACACGAGCCGGAACACCUGCGUUGGCUGACAACUCCGACGCUCUGUUCAGGCCCAUUCUGUUCGUACCCUCGUGGUAUCGAACUGUCCUGCACCGGAAGAAGUGA